AAUUCCAGAGGAGCUUCUUCUCUUUUGAAGGAUAGUAUCCCAAUUCCUGAAUUUUCAGCUUCAGGACCAUUUGAAGGUCAUGAUCUUCUACGCAGAGGGUAUGCUUUACUUUUUCUUGUUGAAUUGUGCCAUGGCCAGUUUGGAACUUCAGAUAUAGGAAGAAAGUACAUGUUAAAUGUUGUAUUUUUAAAGAAGAUUCUUGGAAGUUUUACAAGUGUGAAAAAUGAAUUGUUGCCCAGCCACCCACUGGAGUUGUCAGAAAAAAAUUUCCAGUUAAAUCAAGAUAAAACAAACUUUGCCACACUGAGAAAUAUUCAAGGACUCCACGCGCCUUUAAAGCUACAGAUGGAAUUCAGAGCAGUGAAACAGGUCCAGCGUCUCCCAUUUCUUCACAGCUCAAACGUAGCACUGGAUACUCUGAGGGGAAAUGAUGAAAGCAUCGGUUUUGAGGAUAUACUUAAUGAUCCUUCACAGAGUGAGGUUAUGGGAGAACCACACAUGAUGAUGGAAUACAAGCUUGGUUUAUUGUAACAAAAUGUACUCCACAAAAAUGUUUUGUGUGUGUCUUUAUACUGCAGAUCUAAAUACCCGAUACAAAAUUGACGCUAAGUGUUACGCAGUCCUAUUAUUUGCCUUUCUUGAUGAAAAGGCACAUUAAAUGUUUAAAGUAUAAAUUGUUCUCUGCUUGUUGUCAAUUACAUAAAUGUCCUGUAACUAGAUGGUUUACAUAAUGUCUCUUUGUACACUGCUCAGGACAAUAGCUUAGCUAUUGAAAUGCUACAUAUGUAUACAAGAAAUCCAACAAUACCCGUGCAUUUUAAAACUGGUUACUGUAGGUAAAUGCAUUUAAUGGAUGUUCUUGCAGAAGAACUUUUUAAGGGGCAAAGAAGGUAUUUUCCAUUGAGUUAACUCUUUGUUCAUGAAAAUUUCCAUACACUUUUUAAACUAUUGAAUAAACGUUUGCUAUAAA